UCUAGGGCGGCGGCUCAGGCAUCGGGCUGGCAUCCUCUGUCCCUUCCCGGUGCAGCCUAGAAUUCAGCGGAGAAACGCGGCCGAGUAGACGUGGAAGGGGAAAUGAAAUGACAGAGUGGCAGUGAUGAGGCAUGAUCUUAUUGAACAAUGGAGACGCCAGCUGAAUGUCCCGGAAAUGAGUCACAGGUCACCCCUGUGCUGGAGGAAGACCCCGUGGACUAUGGCAGUGAGAUGCAGCUCCUGCAGGACGGGGCCCAGUUGCAGCUGCAGCUGCAGCCAGAGGAGUUCGUGGCCAUUGCAGACUAUACUGCCACUGACGAGACGCAGCUCAGUUUUCUGAGAGGAGAAAAAAUCCUUGUCCUGAGACAAACCACAGCUGACUGGUGGUGGGGCGAGCAUGCAGGCCGCUGUGGGUACAUCCCUGCAAACCACCUCGGGAAGCAGGUGGAGGACUAUGACCCCGAGGACACCUGGCAAGACGAGGAGUACUUUGACAGCUAUGGAACUCUGAAACUUCACCUGGAAAUGCUGGCCGACCAGCCUCGGACAACAAAAUACCACAGUGUCAUCCUACAGAACAAGGAGUCGCUGAAGGACAAGGUCAUCCUGGACGUGGGCUGUGGCACUGGGAUCAUCAGCCUCUUCUGUGCACAUCACGCGAGGCCCAAGGCCGUGUAUGCCGUGGAGGCCAGUGAGAUGGCCCAGCACACGGGCCAGCUGGUCCUGCAGAACGGCUUUGCUGACACAAUCACCGUGUUCCAGCAGAAGGUGGAGGAUGUGGUGCUGCCCGAGAAGGUGGACGUGCUGGUGUCCGAGUGGAUGGGGACCUGCCUGUUGUUUGAGUUCAUGAUCGAGUCCAUCCUGUACGCCCGGGAUACGUGGCUGAAGGAGGACGGUGUCAUCUGGCCCACCACGGCGGCACUGCACUUGGUGCCCUGCAGCGCCGACAAAGACUACCACAGCAAGGUACUCUUCUGGGACAACGCCUACGAGUUCAACCUCUCUGCACUCAAGUCUUUAGCAAUCAAGGAGUUUUUUUCAAAGCCAAAGUCUAAUCAUAUCUUGAAGCCGGAAGACUGUCUCUCUGAGCCAUGCACCAUAUUGCAAUUGGACAUGAGAACCGUGCAGAUCUCUGACCUGGAGACCAUGCGUGGUGAGCUGCGAUUUGACAUCCAGAAGGCUGGUACGCUGCAUGGCUUCACAGCUUGGUUCAGUGUGCACUUCCAGAGCCUAGAGGAGGGCCAGCCCCAGCAGGUGCUCAGCACAGGCCCGCUGCACCCAACCACACACUGGAAGCAGACCUUGUUUAUGAUGGACGACCCGGUCCCGGUCCACACAGGAGAUGGUCACAGGUUCUAUUGUGCUGCAAAGAAACCCGGUAUGGAGAAGGCACAUGUCUGUCUCCCUGAGCUGGGCCGUCACUUCCACCUUCGACCCCACAUCUCAAAGAGUUGGAGAAAAGGUCUUUCCAAUCUGGAGGUGAUGGGCGAGCGCUGCUUGGGAGUCAUGGCCAUGGCAUGCAUCUUGGUGGAAUAAGAUGCGCCUGGCCACCUGCUGUGACAUCCAGGCACACCUGUCCCAUGGUGACCCCUUUCCAUGUAGCAGGUGACCUCGGGGCCCCUCACAGAUAAGCCCAUGGGCUCUCUCCCAGGUUCAUUUCUCCUGUAGGCUGUGUGUUUUGGUGUUCCUCCUGUGGCGCCCACCGGCCGCCAGCUGUGACACUGUGAUCCCGGCUCCGAGUAGUUGUAGAUUCCUCAGACACGCAUUUCAGCCCAUGUGCCCGUGACCGUGACGUCCAUGCCCUCUGUCAGUGGUGUCCUUGAUGCCCUUGGCCAGCUGCUGCACCCGUGGCCCGUGGCCCGCAGAGCCCUGCUCUGGUGUGAGAGAUGACCCGUGUCUCAGCGCAAGGACAGGUGGUGGCAGUGUGGGCAGUGGGCUCCGCACGGGUGGCAGCUAACGUCUUAUGUGUACAUUAUAUGUGGGGCAUAGUACAUGCUCGAUAAAUAUUUUUUAAUGAA